AUGGAUCGUAUGAACAAAAUGGACAAGAAGGAUAUUGAUAUGGAGCAUGUCAAAAAGGACAAAUCUGGUCAGGAGCCUCCAAAUUAUGCCAAUAUCCACGAGAAAUUUGAUGAAAUGAGACAUGAUGUGGAUAGAAUGUUGAAUGAAGGAGGAUGUGGAGAGAGGAAUAAGAAGGACAUGGAUCAUGAGGAUCAUGAUGAGGAGUCGAUGGAUAAGAGAAGAGAAUCUGAUGUCAGAAAUAAGGAAAUAACUACAAUACCGAAAAUGAACCGAAUGAGCAAAAUGGAGGAUCUUCGUGAUUCUCAAAUGAGAUCUGAUCAGGAUCAUCUCGAUUCGAUGAAGACCAGAAAGUAUGAGUUUGGUGGAAAAUCUGAUAAAUUCUGUGGAAAAAAUUUCGAUGAGAUGAAAGACAAUGAAAAAUGCGGAGAAAAGAGACAAUGCAUGGAUGAUGGAAAUCGUUGUGAUAAAGAUGAGGAGCCAAUGGAUAAGAGAAGAGAAUCGGAUAAAAUUUGCAAAAUGGGCACUCGAGAAGACCUUCGUGAUUUUGAAAUGCGUUCUAAGCUUCCGAUGAUGACUAGUCGGAAAUUGGAUCUUGAAGAAUCUGAAAGUUCGCGACUGAAUGAUGAUAAAUCGAAGAACGACAAAAGAAGCAUGCACAAUGAGCCGGAAUCGAGAAGAAGAGAAAAUUCGGAAUCUGGAAAUAAGGAAAUGCUACGAAGACUAUUCAAUGAUGACUUUCUCGAUGAGACUUUUUUGUUUUGA